AUGUCUAGUUUACAAACGCGUGUUGGUGGGCAUACUAGCAUUCACAAUCAGUCAAAAAGAAAAUGUGAAGAUUUAAUACAACAACAACAAUCUAUUCAUGCUUCAUUUGAGAAACAAUUUAAUCAAGAUAAGCAUGGGUGUCGAAUCCGUUUAGCAACUUCAAUUGAUUUAGUGAGACUUCUUGUGAAACAAGGCUUGUCAUUUCGAGGUCAUAAUGAAUCUAAAUUAUCACUUACCAGAGCUAAUUUUCUUGAGAUUUUUUCAUUUUAUGCUCAAAAGUGUGAUGAAAUUCAACUCAAUGAUCAUUUUGAUGAGGUGACAACUGAGUUGCUUUAUGGAGUUGCUUGUUUGAAUCCGGUAGACUCAUUUUCAAGUUUUGAUAUCCAAAAUAUAAUGAGAAUGAAAGAAUUAUAUCCUGAUGACUUUGAUGAACUUAGCAUGUGAUAACUUGAGAAUCAACUAGCAACUUACAUUAUCGAUGUCCGUGAUAUCGAUAAAAGAUUCUCUGAUUUACAUGGGUUUUGUGAGCUUUCGAAAAGAUUGAUUGAGACAAAAAAAUAUUCAUGUUAUCCUCUUGUAUUUCGUUUGGUGAAAUUCGUUUUACUUCUGCCGGUUGACACUGCAUUCGUUGAAAGAGCUUUUUCUGGAAUGGAAUUUAUUAAGAAUGAGUGUGAAAGCAAAUGA